CUCCGCCAUUUCGUGACUGAGCUCUGCCCGCGGAGGACCGGCGCCGCGGCGGAGCCUCCCGCCUUUCCCCCCUCUUGCGCUCCUGCUACCAGCGGCGCCUCGCCUUGGUCCAGCCCGGCUCGCGCAGCCAUGUCGUCCGGCUCCAGCCCCGAGUACGCUUCCUUCUUCGCCGUGAUGGGCGCCUCGGCCGCCAUGGUCUUUAGCGCCUUGGGAGCUGCAUAUGGGACAGCAAAGAGCGGCACAGGUAUCGCAGCCAUGUCUGUCAUGAGGCCUGAGCUCAUCAUGAAGUCCAUCAUCCCUGUAGUCAUGGCGGGUAUUAUAGCGAUCUAUGGCCUCGUUGUGGCUGUACUCAUCGCCAAUGCACUCUCACCUUCCAUCACGCUAUUCAAGAGCUUUCUUCAGCUGGGUGCUGGCUUGAGUGUGGGCCUCAGUGGCCUGGCUGCUGGCUUUGCCAUCGGCAUUGUGGGUGACGCAGGCGUCCGGGGGACAGCACAGCAGCCCAGGUUAUUUGUGGGCAUGAUCCUCAUCCUGAUCUUCGCUGAAGUCUUGGGGCUCUAUGGCCUCAUUGUUGCCCUUAUCCUCUCCACAAAGUAAACGUUGCAGUAUGAUGUAAAGAGAUGUAACAAAUCCGCAUUUCAAACAAAAAGCUCCAGAAUGAAAAUGGUCUCUCCAAUGUGUACAGUUGUCCCAAUUUGGUAGUUGAUCUCAUGUAAAUGCGCAAUGUACGUUAGUGACUUGUCUGUCCUCUGUGUACUUCAAUAUUAAAUUGAAUGGGCUGCCCCAAGCCUGCUGUGUGGCUUGGGGUGGCCUGUGUGCAAUUUUCCACCCACUGCUGUUAGUACUUUAUGUAUAAAUAUGAACUAGAAAUGUAAUUUUUCUCUUCACUGGAUGUUUAUUUAUAAAAGACUUGACAUGUUCAUACAUCUAUGGAGCAAGUGUUUUCAAUUUCCCAUGCUAUAUAUAUUAAUCUUAUAUAUAGGUAGAUUACACUGUGGGGUCAAUUGUAAGUGCAGAGAAUUCCUUUGGAUGUAACUUUUGAUUCUAAAGAUUGCUGUAGUGUCCUGAUAUUGGAGUAUGAGAAUCUCGUGUUUUAUUACAGCAGUUGUCUGAAACACUCCUGUGUUUCGGUAGUAACAGCGUAUGCUCCAGCAUCACAGUUGUGCACCCAGUGUUGGGUUACGAACUUAAACCAUGUUUCCAAAUAAAACUUCCUCACUACA